UGGUGCUUCUUGAGUUACAUCUAUCUGAACAAAUUUAUCUCAGAGUAAGUUGAUAGUUUAAGUCUUCCUUCUAACAAUAAUCUACAGUUCUAUGUUCUUUUUAAUUCUUUUUAAACUAGAUUUAGUCCAUUAUAAUCACUAGUUUAUGGCAUUAUAGAGAUUUAACCACCUAUUCUAUUCGAAUCUGGCAACACUGGCUGAGUGGCUCGCGAGUGUGAUAGCGCAGUCCUGGAUGUGUGUAGCCUCUAGAGAGCAGUAGAAUCUGGCAACCCAGGCUGCGAGGCUCGCGAGCGUUAGAGUUCAGUCCUGGAUGUGUGUAGCCGCUAGAGAGCCCAGCCAGAAAUCACCACCGUCCACCUGUACAGCUGUUAGAGGGAGGACAGCUUAAAACAGGAACUUUUUCGGAAGGAAAGUGCUUGUUCAGCUGUUACUGACGACUUUUGAGAACUUUCUGACAGGAACUUUGUAAAACGAGAGUGUUUUUUGUGUGUGAACGGGGAGUUACCGACAGACCACCAAAAGAGAGAGAUUAACUACCGUUACUGUGCUACAGGACCGCUCACAGGGUGCAGGAACAGAAGGAUUGCCAUAUCAGUGGUGGAUCUGUAGAUGGAGCUGUGAAGAAGCUGCUUGAGUAUGGGUCCUGAGGAAUCACUACACCUGAGUGACAUGAUGUCAAACACUCCACCUUCCUCGCCUCAUCCUCGCGACCGCUCUUCUGCACCUUCCCCAUGCUCCACUCUUUCUUCUCCACCCAUCUCCCCUCUCAAGUCAGGAGUUGUGACCUUUCGCUCUCCUGCCACACGUCACCUCACUCACCUCGACCCCUGGAGAAGACACAGCUGGGAGCCAGGUGCCGUCAUACAGGGCAACCCUGCCAUUGACACACGCAGUGUGAGCCUGGAAGACCUGGACCCAGAGGAGAUGGCAUUGGUGCUGGGUGGAGCGCUGGGAUGUCGGAGAGCGCGGGACGCCCGCAGGUCCGUCACUUGUGAGGGCUCCCUGUCCUCCCUCACUGAGGAAGAGUCUGGGAUUGAGACACUGCCACAGCUACACUCACCAUUAGAGGAGCAGGCAAAUCAGAUGCAUGGAUGCAGUGCUUCAGCCCCAAGUCUCUUUGUUGUGAGACGCAUCCCCAAAUCUUCUGCUCCUCGCCCUCGCUCAUACUGCAAUGAAAGCGUGCCAUACUGCCAAGGUAGAGGUUCAACUCACAGUCUAGACCGUGCUUUUUCUGCCCUUAACUGGGACAUUGGAGGGGUUUUAAAAGGAGAGCUGGAUGAGGACGGAGAUGAGACAGAAGAAAAUGCUUUAGUCCGAACAUUUAGCUUCCUGCGAAAGAUAACCUCCAAUCGGAAGAAUAAAGAGAAGGAGAGGAUGAGGGAGCGAGAAAGGGAGGCACGGGAGCGGGAGGCUCGUUACUCCAACGGCCAUCUCUUCACCUCCCUCACCGUUAGCGGCACCACACUCUGCUCUGCCUGCAACAAGAGCAUCACAGCUAAAGAAGCUCUCAGCUGCCCCACCUGUAAUGUCACCAUCCACAACCGCUGCAGAGAUACCCUACCCAACUGUGCCAAAAUGAAACAGAGGCAACAGAAGCUGGCACUGAUGCGGAACAGCUCGGCCUACGGAGGAACAGUGACACUGAGGACUAAGACACAUUUAAAGGAACGGCCAAGCUCAGCUAUCUACCCCUCUGACAGCCUUCGCCAGUCACUGCUUGGCUCCAGGCGUGGCCGCUCCUCCCUCCUGCUGUCCAAAAGUGUAUCCACCAAUAACAUUGCAGGGACUCUGAGUGAUGACUCUCCCCUGGGGCUGCGCAGGAUCUUGUCUCAAUCCACAGACUCCCUAAACUUCAGAAGCAGAACCAUGUCUAUGGAAUCACUCAAUGAUGAGGGUGAGAUAUACUUUGCCUCAAUGCUGGAGGAGCUAGAGAUUGAAGGACGGGACUUUGAGGCAGACUCCUGGAGCAUGGUUGUGGACUCCGCUUACCUACAGACCCACCGAAAAGACGUGAUCAAGAGACAGGACGUCAUCUAUGAACUGAUCCAGACUGAGCUGCAUCAUGUGCGCACGCUGCGCAUCAUGGAUGGCGUUUUUCGACGUGGAAUGCUGGACGAGGUGCAGCUGGAGCCGGGGGUCGUUCACGCACUUUUCCCCUGCCUUGAGAAGCUGCUCUUGAUACACACUCGCUUCCUCACACAGCUGCUCAACCGCCGUCAGCACUGUCUGCAGCCCAACAGCACCUACAACUUCACCAUCAGCCGCAUCAGCGAUCUCCUCCUGCAGCAGUUCUCAGGUCAAUCUGCAGACGAGAUGAAGAAAACCUAUGCUGAAUUUUGCAGUUCUCACUUAAAAGCUGUUAAGCUGUACAAAGAGCUGCUGGCCAGAGACAAGAGACUGCAGUACUUUAUACGGAGGGUAAGUCGAGGACCUCUGUUACGGCGACACGGUUUUCUGGAGUGCAUUUUGCUGGUCACUCAGCGCAUCACGAAAUAUCCCGUACUGGUGCAGCGUAUCCUCGACAACACAAAGGACAGUCCAGAGGAGGAGGCAGAGCUGGCACAGGCUCUUCAGCUGCUGCGGGAUUUGCUGUGCAGCGUGGACCAGCAAGUCCUGGAGUUGGAACGGACACAGCGGCUGCAGGAGAUCCGCUCCAGACUGGAUCCACGCUCUCAGGCCAAACUGCACUCGGAUGCCGUGUUUAGACCCGCAGAGUUACUGCGCAGACAGCUCAUCCACGAGGGUACACUGCUGUGGAAAACCCCCAGCAACAGACUCAAGGAUGUUCAAGUUCUGCUCAUGACUGACAUAGUAGUGUUCCUGCAGGAGAAAGAUCAGAGAUACAUCUUUGCCAGUCUGGAUAAACCUGCAGUACUCUCACUACACAAUCUCCUGGUGAGGGACAAAGCCAAUCAGGACAGAGGGUUGUUCCUCAUCAGCAGGGAGUGCAGCCCACCAGAGAUGUACGAGCUACACGCAGCUUCCAAAGAGGACCGAAACACCUGGAAACGGCACAUUGAGCAAGCUGUCAGCAGAUGUCCCUCCAAAGAAGAAUUUCCACUAAUCGAGACAGAAGAUAAGGCGCUGAUGCGGAGACUGAAAUCUGAUAUCCAGCAGAAGGACAGGGAGGUGCUUGAACUGCUGCAGGAGCGUGUCACACUUUUCACUGAUCUUACUGAGGUUAUGGGAGGCCAAGAAGUUGCACUGCCACAAAACUCCAGGAACCUGUUCAGAGCAGACACACCACAUGCCCCAAGAGGGGAACAGCUGCUUACUCAGGCUAUUACUGAAGUUGACAGACUGACCGAGCUGUUACUGGGAUCCAGUUUGGAAAUCUCUUCAUCCUGUAGUUCCAACGGCCACCACAAUCACACAGGGGCGCUAGUGAUAAAUGGACAGGAGGUGAUAGUCAAUGGUUUACGGGAUACCACAGCCUCUCAGGAUGGGAAUGGAAAUCAGAUGGAAGACAGGAUGUCAAGUGAGGAGGUGUCUCAGCGGCUGGUGAACCUCAGUGCUCAGCUCCAUUCUCUGCAGGGGGCGGUCAUUCGGCAGGACUCCAUCGUAGAGUUGUGUGUGCACGAGGGUGUCACGCCCGCGUGCCGAAUGGGCCGGUCUCUCUCUCGUGAUGCAGCCAGCGACGUGGGCACGAUGGGUGAACUGACACUGCUCCAGCGCCAACACAGUCUCCUGCAGGAGGAACUCGUUCGGCUUAGGGGAGCCGAAAGCAGGCUUAAGGACAGCGAGAAGGCACGGGUCCAGCUUGAGAGGCAGCUAAGAGACCUCAAGUCCAGUAGCGCUGUCCUUGACGAAGGAACAGGAAGCUUCCAGGCUCCACCCCAGCGCAAAGAAAGUGAAACUGACCCAAACACUGACACUCCACUGGCCAGCCAGGCAUCGUUUGAGCAAACAGACGGUCUACAGGACUGCAGUGAUGUAGACGUAGAUGCGAUCUCAGACGAUGAUGAGGAUGAUGUUAAGGUGUCUCCACGCUCAGAGAGCCCUAGAGAUCUGCAAGACAUUCCAGAGGAGAGCGAGUCAACUCCGGAGGGGCGAGAGAUACACGUCUCACAUUGCUAAUGGUCUGCUCUUGGCCCGAAUUUUGGACUGGACCCUGGUCUUGCUCAGUGAAAAUAAACCCAAUGUACCUAACUGUACGGGUACAGAAAAGCAAAGAUUUAUCUUCAAAGGAAGAAAUUUUAAGCAUGUACAUAUUUUAUUGCACCUAGUAAUCUUAUUGCACAGCUGUGCUGUUCUGUGGCAAGUUAUUUGAGUUUUUAUUCAUUCGUUUUUGGAAAUCCAGGUGUUUGGCUUUAGUGGACCAAUAAGCUUAUGCCAAAGCAGCAUGAGUGACCGUGGCUUUGCAGGAGGCCAGUUUUUACAAACAGCAGGGCUUGUGAUAUUAGACAAGCUCUGUCACUGUCACGUCAUGUGAGCACAUAAAAUAGCCAAACUGAACAAAAGCUUCAGGAAGUACUUGAUAAAGGCAGAUAUACUGUAAUAUAUAAUAUAUAUAUAUAUACUGCAAGAGCACAUAUCCCACACUCAAGUGUUUGGUGUUGCAAACUUUUUUUUUAUAGAAUGAAAUUAUAUUAAAACAAAACAAAUAGGAAGUUGUUUUUUGUUUGUAAUUUAUUUAUUCAUUUUUUAUUUGUUGAUUUAGAAAUAUCUUUU